AUGGGGCUUCUAAAUUCUGCAGAUAAGGAAACUAUUAAAAGGGCUCUACCAAAGACUUCGAACAAGAUUAUUGAUGUCGCUGUGGCCAGACUCUACAUUGCAUAUCCCGACAAAGACGAGUGGCAGUACACUGGACUCUCAGGAGCUGCUGCUCUGGUAGAUGAUCUCGUGGGAAAUACAUUUUUCUUGAAAUUGGUCGAUAUCAACGGCCAUAGAGGAGUUAUUUGGGACCAAGAAUUAUAUGUGAAUUUUGAAUACUACCAAGACCGUACUUUUUUCCACACCUUCGAAAUGGAAGAGUGCUUUGCAGGUUUACUAUUUGUCGAUAUUAAUGAGGCGUCGCACUUCUUGAAGAGAGUCCAAAAACGUGAAAGAUACGCCAACAGGAAGACUUUGUUGAAUAAGAAUGCCAUGGCCUUGACCAAAAAAGUUAGAGAAGAAGAAAAAUCACAGGUAGUACAAGGCCCAAGGGGAGAGUCAUUGAUCGACAAUCAAAGAAAAAGAUAUAACUUAGAAAAUGCGAAAACAAUCCCAACAACAAAGCAUAAAGCCCCUCCUCCUCCUCCGCCAACCGCUGAUACUUUUGAUUCUGAUCAAGCAAGUUCUUUUUCCGAUGUUAAUUCGACAACAACAUCUGCACCCACUACCCCAGCCCCACCUCUUCCUCCUGCAUCUCCUGAAGUAGCGAAGGAAGAGGCACGCCCUAAGCAUAGUUUACCGCCUUUGUCAAGCCAGUUUACGCCAUUACCAGGCCCUCCACAACAUAAUACCCCUCCUCCGCACAAUACUUCUUCACAACCUCAAAAUAAUCCAUUUCCGUUUCCGAUUCCUGAAGCUUCCCCAACAAACUCGGGAACAAGCCCAUUUCCAUGCCCGGUAUCUCAACAGCAAUUCAAUCAACCACCUCCAAUGGGAAUGCCACAACAGGGUAGACCUCUUCCACAAUUACCUAGUAGGAAUAACCGUCCUGUACCACCUCCACCACCAGUGCGUGCAACUACCGGAGGUGCGGGAGCUCGUUCGCCUGUACCUGCACCACCGCCAAGACGUGGGCCAGCACCACCUCCCCCACCCCAUAGGCACUUGACUGCUAAUACUAUCAAUUCUAUCGCGACGAACAGCCUUCCUCCACAGGCUACUGGAAGAAGAGGACCCGUACCACCACCCCCUCCAAGAGCAUCUCGCCCGAUGAUAGACGUAUCCAUGCAACAAAAUCCACACCAGUAUAAUAAUCCUAACCAGCCCUUUGGAUAUCAAACAAACACUAAUAUAUCGUCUCCUCCCCCUCCUCCUCCAAUGACAACCUUCAACAACCUAACACCGCAAAUGACUCCCUCUAAUGGGCCAUCUGCGGCCCCACAACGCCAAAGUUCUCAGAUACCUACUUACAGUAUAAAUGCACCAGCGGCACCACCACCUCCUCCAGCAUUUUUGGGGCAACCGCAGGCAUCUCAAGCAGUUCCUCCGGCACCUCCAGCACCUGCUCCACCAUCGCUACAAUCUACGGCGAGUGCUCCUCCACCCCCACCGCCAGCAUUCCUUACACAGCCUCCUCAUUCUGGGCGUGCUCCUCCACCUCCUCAGAUGCCGGCAGCAUCAACAUCCGGUGGCGUCUCACUUUCAGAAGCUACUGGAGAUGCAGGACGUGAUGCUCUAUUAGCUUCGAUUAGAGGCGUAGGUGGUAUAGGCGCCUUGAAAAAGGUAGAUAAAUCACAGCUAGAUAAACCUUCGGUUUUACUUCAAGAAGCACGUGGAGAUCCUACUCCACCACUAGCAGCGGCAGGCAAUGGUGGCACAGUUGGUGGACCGCCAGCUUCUUUGGCUGAUGCACUGGCAGCAGCUCUGAACAAAAGGAAAAAUAAAGUGGGAGCUGAUGACGACAUGGACAAUGGCGAUGAUUGGUAA